AUGAAUGAUAUCUUGAAGUUAGGAGGGUUCAAUCUGGAUGAGUUGGAUGUUUUUGUUAAGGAGGAGAUAAUUGAUGAUGCGUUUGGUACCACAUCCCAGCAAGUAGUGUCGGACGAUUUGCGGGUAAGAAUUGGAAGACUUGAGGUUGUUGCUGAUCGCAUUGAAAAAAAAUUUGAUAAUUUUGCAUCACAAUACACAACUUCAUUUUCUGUGAUGGAGAAACGAUUGGGAGAGAUUGGACAUCUUCUGUCCCAAUUUGUUAAUAAAUUGGCUACUCCGAAGGAUGUCCCGCAUGACAUGGGGGGAAACAACAGAGAUGAUGAAAUUGAUCUGACGAAGGUUGACUUGGAUGACCAACAAGCAGCAGAGGGACACCAAGCAGAGGAACAACAAGCCAUGUCAAGCACCAUCAACCGUAGUCAGAGUGCAAGG